GAACAGAUAAGGCUGUGUCAUUAAAUGCUUCAUAUCUAGGAAAGCAAAAAUCUUAUCAAGUCUUGUCAGUUUCUAAUAUUUGCCUUUUUCUUGAAGGACUCUACAAUAAGGAAAGUUCAGGCUGGAGUUGCAGUAAAGACAAGGAUGCAUAUAGCAGCUUUGGGUCUCGUGAUUCAAGAGGAAAGUCCCGUUACUUCAGUGAUCGUGGAAGUGGAUCAAGGGGAAGAUUUGAUGAUCGUGACAGAACUGGCUUUUGCAAAUAUGAACGUAGUGGGUAUAGUCGUUGGUGUGACAGAGCAGAUGAAGAUGAUUGGUCAAAACCUCUUCCUCCAAGUGAACGCUUAGAACAAGAACUUUUUUCUGGAGGAAAUACGGGGAUUAACUUUGAGAAAUACGACGAUAUACCAGUAGAGGCAACUGGCAAUAACUGCCCUCCACAUAUUGAAAAUUUUAGCGAUCUUGAGAUGGGAGAGAUUAUUAUGGGAAACAUUGAACUGACUCAUUAUACUCGUCCUACUCCAGUGCAAAAACAUGCAAUUCCUAUUAUCAAAGAAAAAAGAGAUUUAAUGGCUUGUGCUCAAACAGGUACAUAUACUUGGUAAAGAAUAAAAGCAUAUCUACUGGGGUUGCUCUAAAGUAUGUUCUGUGAGAAGGCCUGAAUCCUCUAUUUAUCAUGACUUUGAGGAAUGGCUAGGGCUAAAGGUGUAGGGAAAGUGGGAAGGGUAGGGGAAAGGUAAUAAGGG